GGUACAUCUCGAAAGGCGGUCGAGAGAAUGCGUUAUGCUGAUGCCUUGUUUCAUGGCAUGAACGUGAUGAUAUAAGAUACAAUCAAAUCAAGCCGGCGUGCUUCCUCCCUGUCAUACGAAUUGAUGACUAAGGUAUCUAAGAGGUCUUCUCAAGCUUCCCGCAUAAACUGCGCUUUCCACUUUACUCGAUACGCCCAAAACAUACACUCGCUCGAUAUGUUUUCAAGCUUCAAUGGCCAGUCGAUACCAGACAACCCCCUAUGACCGUCGUGGUUCGAGGACAAAAGGGAUCUAAGGAUCGACAUAUUCAAAACCUGCGCCCCACGAACACAACAAGCAAAGGGCGAAUGUACCCGACAGCCAAACAAUUCCCUUCAUGCAAACCCUCUCCGCAUGUCUAAUUUCAUGUCUCUUAAGAUGCAAUUCUCUACUCGGCUGAAGUGCUUCCCGCAGGCACGUUUUCUGUCAGAACCCUCAAAAAGGGGUAUGGUUUUAGAUUUUGACUCGAGCCAGGAGCUCCCAAAACGGUAAAAAACCCUCAGACGACAGCUGUCAGAUUCACUCUUUGCCACUCCUCAUCUUUCUCUUGCCCCUUACAACGCCGUGUAUUGCAAUCAUGGCAUUCUACACAUGCUGCCAAUCUACGAUACGGUGAUCUACUGUCGUUAGCCAAAACCCAUCGCGUCUCCGACUGGAUCGAAAAUCUACCGGCCCGUCCAGUCGAGUCUAGUCUAUGCGAAGACAACACGCAACGGAUAUUUGUCUGUCCAAGCGUCGACAAGUCGACAGAACUCGCUGAACCUUGAUUGAAACAACACUCAAUCAAGAGGAUCUGGCAAAAGGAGACACCUCAUGCAUGUCUCGACAAGGGCCUUUGCUCGUGCAAAUAGGUCUUGAAGAAUACUCACCCAAGACAUCAAUUCUCCUCUGGUACAGUGUCGCAUAACAAUACUCAUCGUUUGGGAAAUCCCCCCGGGCACGCACGUCAGAUUGAUCUACAGCAUAGCGGUCCUAUCAGAAACAUGCACCGAUCAGGCACGGUCUAUCCUAUCGACAAGGGCACGUCCGUGACACGCUGUCAGUGGAUAAGUGGCACAUUCCUCGCUUCCAGCAGCAUCCCCUUACUUCGCCGCACACGCAGGGACACAGAUCCCUUUCAUAAAAGAUGCAUCCCUGCCAUUACAUGAAGCUUGAACGUCUCGACUUCUUUCUCACUGCUGACGCCGUCGUAUACGGCAACGCAAGAUGUCACACAUGGAAGAGUACAGACCGUUGACUGAUCAUGUCCCCCCACAAAAUGACGCUGAUGAAGGAGAAGAACACGACCUCUCCGAAGUCGAUCUCGAAAAGCUCCCCGAAGAAGAGAGACCUAAAUGGUAUCAAGACCCUAUCAGACGCAUCUCGGCCGACUGGCGAACAUCAACCAGAUGGGACGCGACAGACAUAAAAACCCUACUGCUUCUCGGCCUUUCAUACCUCGUCCUCGUUUUCCCACGUUUUGUACAUCCCGGUGGCCUCAAAAAGAAGAGCGAGUUACACCCGACAGCCUACCUGGAUGCCUUGAGAGGCUGGGCGGCCGUAUCAGUGGCCCGAUAUCAUAGCUUUGCCAACAGGACAUGGCUCCUUGAGCAGCCCGUCAUCCGUAUGAUCCUCAACGGUCGGGCCAUGGUGGACAUCUUCUUCAUCAUCUCCGGAUACGUGCUCAGCUACAGACUGCUCAAGAUGGUCCGAAACCGGCAGACGGGGCUCCUCAGGGCUCUGGCGUCCUCGACCUUUCGAAGGUGGUGGCGACUCUACAUCUCGACCGGCGUUGCCUCCCUGAUAACCGCCAUCAUGUCGUUCUGGGGAUGGUGUCAGCCCGCACACCGCCAGUCCACCUUCUACCUCCAAAUGCGAGAUUGGUUCUGGGAUUUCGGCUACUCGAGCAACCCCUUCGGCGACAUCAAGGGCUUUUGGUAUGGCGACGUCUUCCGCACCCACUACCUCGACCAGAUGUGGACCAUCCCCGUCGAAUUCCGAGGCAGCAUGGCCGUGUUUUGGUUCAUCGCCGCGGCCUGCUACAUGGCGACGUUUGGCCGGAGGCUCUUCGCCUGGGUCGUCAUCGGUCUCUGUUACUGGUGGGGCAUCAUCUACGUCGCCCUGUUCAUGUACGGCAUGUUGAUCGCCGACUACCAAUUCGAUCGUCACCCCGAACGGCUUCAGAAGAUCCGACUCCCACAACAGGAGCAGGACGAAUUGCCCGAGGUGUCGGAGAAGCCACAAACCCACAGAAACUACCGCAAGUAUUUGAAGAUCGUGGGCUGCCUCGUCCUGCUCAUCAUCGGUAUGUUCUUGAUGGGACAGCCCGCGCCGUACGACGGUCACUACAACCGGGACUGGUGGCCGUGGGGUUUCUUCGAAGAUCUCAUCCCCUACUGGUACAUCGCCGAAUUGGGAGAACACUUUUGGCUCGGCAUCGGUGCCGCCAUCUUCGUCUUCGCCUUGGACAAUUGUCGCAUGCUCCAGAUUCCCUUCGAGUGGGGCUUCUCCCAGUAUCUCGGCGACAUCUCGUUCGGCGUGUACGCCAUGCACAACACCAUCAACUGGGCGCUGUAUAUGCCGAUCGUGGACCCCUGGCAGAAGCGGCACUUUGGUACCCAGAGCUACUGGUCCGGUGCUCUGGGUGAGCUUUUCACCGCCUUGGUCAUCAUCUGGGCCGCAGAUUACUUCACCCGGAUCGACGAGUUGGUCGUCAAGGCCGGCAGGUGGUUGGAAUCCAAGACUUUUAUCAAGUGGGACGAUUAGACCCAGACUUUGGGGGUUUGACGGUUUGGUGCUAUCUCACUUGCUUCCUUUUCCUUUUCCUUUCUUCUUUAUGGCAAUACGCAAGGCGUUCGGUGUCGGUGUUUGGGUGUUCGGGUCAUACAAACAUUGCCUACUCGGGGGGUUUCCUGGAAAUAAGAAGCAUGUGCCUGUGACUUGAAGCUCAAAGUAAUAUAUGUGAGCUUUGCGGCUGAUACGUAGUCUUUUUUGUUUGGUUCCUCCUCAGUAUCGAAUACAAGUAUGACAGAGCAAUGACGAUGAUAUUCAUAUGAAACUCCAAUCAUUUUUUAUGGCC